CAUAUUUGCCUACUAUGAAAAAAAAAACCCUACAAAUUCCCAUUAGUCCGAACACGUAUAUAUAACUGCACUCAACGCAGAUUUUACAUAGCAAGCACUAAGAAAAUAUGGCAUACUCUCAACUUCAAAAGGAGGAAACUGAGGUUCAUAUCAAGGCUUCUGCUGACAAGUUCUAUGAUGUUUUCUGCAACAAAACAUACGUUAUUGCCAACAUUUUUCCUGAAUUGGUGCAAUCUGUUGAUAUUCAACAAGGUCAAUGGGGCACUGACAAAUCCGUCAUCACCUGGACUUAUUUUCACGAGGGAAAAACCAGAGUGGCGAAAGAGAUUGUCGAAGACAUUGACAAGGAAAAGUAUAAGAUGAGCUUUAAGGUUAUAGAGGGAGAUGUGAUGGAACAUUACAAGAGCUUCAAGUUCAUAAUGCAAGCUACUCCAAAGGAAAAGGGAGGAAGUGUUGUGAAUUGGGCUGUGGAAUAUGAGAAACAAAAUGACAGCAUUCAUGACCCUCGUACCAUGUUGCAACUUACAGUUGACGAGACCAAAAAGAUUGAUGAAUACUUUACCAACAACCACAACUAAAUCAAUGUCUCUCUUAUGUCCUAUGUUGGGAAAUAAAAAUUGAUGCUUUAUGGAUCAUACUUCACCUUUCUUAUGCAUCAAUUAUAUAUGUUGAAAACUUAAUAAACCACACCUAAGUGGGUACCUAUGUUGUAUUAUUUGUGUGCUGUGUUCUUGUAACACAUAUGGUAUUGAAGUAAUUGCAUAUGACUUAUCAUAUUAUCUUCAA